AUGGAUGAAAUCGAAUUCGAGCUUUGCCUCAAUAUACACCCAGCUGAUAGGAAACAAAUUCCUCCCCCGCCAGCAAACUAUCAGAAACGGAGGUACUCUCUUAUUACUGCGAGAGGCGAUCGAAACGAUGACAAUGCAGAUGACAAUACAGAUACGGAGACACGAUCACUGCAUCCUCUUUCUCUUCCUUCGUCAACCCCCGGUUUUCUGAAAGGGAAUAUCGACGAAGCACAGGAGGAAGAUUUCUGUGAGAGGGCAAGUGGGCAAUACCUACAGCUUCCCCCGAGGAAGCGGCUUAAGGUCUCGUCUCUUUCAGAGUCUGGAUGGAACGACGAAGCGUGUUCUACUGGGGACACGCCUACAGCGGACACUGUAGAUAUUGCAGGUGCAUCUGAACUUGCGAAUCGACAAUAUCAACAGCCAUCUACACAUAAUAACCCUGGCUCUAGUCCUCGCCCUAAGGCAGAUGAUACGCUCGCAUCGCUCUUGCAACGUCAGGCCUCUCUCCCUAGCACAAACAUGGAUCAUAUGGAUCACCUGGAUAACAUGGAUAUUGUUAUGGGGGAGGCAAAUGCAGAUCCAACCUCAAACACAGCAAUCAACACCAGCAGUGCCGACGAUACCGUGAACGUUGAUCGGCACCCACCCCAACGUCCAUCUUUAUACUUUUCCGAAAAGACAUGCACGCCAGGCCGACUCAACAGUCUCUCGCCUUCCACCCAAACAACACACCCUUAUCGACCUAAUCGAUUCGUAAUCUACGAAGACACCGAAGAUAUGGACAUCGACACUGGGCUCUCCUUAGAACAAGCCUACUACGUCUCGCCAGAAGACGACAAAGAAAACACGGAAGACGGAUACCAGGCUGAACCUUACCUCGAAUCUCACCCGCCCGACUAUCUGCAUCAACAUGAUUAUGAGCACGCCUACGGAUACAACCUGUACAAUUCCACGGAAGCAGAUCGUCAUACCGGUGCUACGACUACCCGUGCUUACCAUGCGUAUCCUAAUCUAGCGACGCCACAGAGACCCCCCGGAGCGUCUGCAUCUCCAUCCAACAGAGGAAGCUCACAUGAAGGACCCGAUCCCCCCUGGUCAGAGAUAAUGAACCGAUUCGCAGGGCCCGGGCUCGGGGUUGAUUUUGCGGGCGAGCAUCCUCGUUUCCCCGAGCAUACCGCCAGGCCGUUUUCUACUGCUGAUCGAGGAAGACAAAACGGGCAAGGCGAAGCAGCACACUCUCAACAGUCCCAAUCUCAACCUCAACAACAGCAAGAAGAAGAAGAAGAAGAAGAAGAAGAAGAAGAAGAAGAAGAAGAACUAGAAAGAGAAAAAUCACUCAACCCCUCCCGGGUCUCGAUAAACUCACUAAGUGCAACCGAAGUCUCUUUACACGCGUUAUCAAGCCAGAUAUCUGACAUCGGGCAUUCUGAGAGAUUGCUACGGUACAGACCACGGAACCAUAGAAUGAGAUCUGUGAAUUUUGCAUGA